AUGACCAAUACAUUGAUAUUUGUUUUGUGUUUGGUGACCAUCGGUGUUAACUCUGCAGUUCAUGGUAUUCAAAUUACAUUGGAAGAAGAUUUGGAACUGGAAAGGCAACUAAAGAUCAUUAACAAGCCUCCAAUCAAAGUUAUUCAUACAGAGUAUGGAUACAUUGUUGAUUGCAUUGAUAUUAAGAAGCAACCAGCUUUUGAUCAUCCUUUAUUGAAAAAUCAUACCUUGCAGACAAAACCUAGUUUUCACGUCCCAAUUGAAAAAACACAUGUCAGACCAAUUUUUGGACUUGAGGACGACGAGUGUCCGACAGGGACGGUUCCUAUCAGGAGAACAACAAAAGCAGAUCUUAUACGAGAAAAAGCAUUAAGCUAUAGUAUUAUGGCGGAAGGUAUUCCUGGUGUUCACAUGGAGGUGAGAGGACAGACUGCUAUUGGGUAUUUUCCGGCAGCACUGUUCUCGAAUAUGGGUUCAGCAGAUAGAGUGGGAUGGGGUGGGAGAACAUUAACUCCUCAAGGUUUUCGUAGUCCUCCAAUGGGAUCUGGACAUUUUCCUGAUAUGAGUUUUAACCAUGCAAGCUUUUUUAGGGAGAUCUCUUAUCAAGAUGCAUCAAGAACAAGUCAUGGACCUGAAUCAAAUCAAUUAGAGUACAUCGUUGACGCACCUAUAUGUUUUAGACUUAGCUACUACGGUCAUCUCCCAGGAAAUGUUGCAUAUUCUCUUGAAUUUGGAGGGCCUGGUGGUAUUUGUGGCAAUUGA